CCGACCGAGCGCUCUUUAUCCGAGGCACCGGUCCCGUUUACGCAAAUGUCCAAGACGGACAAGAAGAAGAGGAUCUCCGAUGCAUUGGAGAUCCUAUGUACUCAAACGGACCGGGACCAUAUUAAUGAGGUCAACCCAAGGAAUGAGUCGAGUGAGCUCUUCCGCUCUUGGAUGGACUUCUCCAUCCGGAUGACCAAGGUAGCCGAAGACCGGCUCGCCCUGGUGCAAGAGGUCUCGGACCUGAAGCAGGCGGCUCGGUCGCACUUUGAUGAAGUGUACCAGGCCAAGGAGGCCAAACGGAUUGCCGAGCUGCGCUUGGAGGAGGCCAACAAAAAGAUCGAGGACGGCGAGGCGACCUGGAACCAAGAGAAGGAGGAUUGGCAGAUCGAAAGGACCAACCUCUCUCUUGCCAAGGAAAACGCGAGUCCGCCAAAGCCACGGCCGAGACCAAGCAAGCUCAGGCCGAGAAAGAUCUGA